ACUUCCGGCGCCGGACCGACUUCCGGGUGCGGGAAGGGGCCAAGAUUGGUGCAGCCCGGAGGAAGGAAAAGGGUCUACCCGGAGCCGCGGAGCGAGAACGAGUGCCUGAGCAACAUCCGCGAGUUCCUGCGCGCCUGCGGGGCCUCCCUGCGCCUGGAGACGUUUGAUGCAAAUGAUUUGUAUCAGGGGCAGAACUUUAACAAGGUCCUCAGUUCCUUAGUGACUCUAAAUAAAGUGACGGCAGACAUCGGCCUGGGGAGUGACUCCGUGUGCGCGCGCCCCUCCUCGCAUCGCAUCAAGUCCUUCGACUCCCUGGGCUCCCAGUCUGCACACAGUCGGACUUCAAAACUGUUCCAGAGCCAGUACAGGAGUUUGGACAUGACCGAUAACAGCAGCAGUCAGCUGGUAGUAAGAGCCAAGUUUAACUUCCAGCAGACUAACGAAGAUGAGCUGUCGUUCUCGAAGGGCGAUGUCAUCCACGUCACUCGAGUGGAGGAAGGAGGCUGGUGGGAGGGCACACACGACGGCAGGACCGGCUGGUUCCCUAGCAACUAUGUGCGCGAGAUCAAGCCCAGUGAGAAGCCGGUCUCCCCCAAAUCAGGGGCACUGAAGAGCCCUCCCAAAGGCUUCGACACGGCGGCCAUCAACAAGAGCUAUUACAACGUGGUGCUACAGAAUAUUUUAGAAACAGAAAACGAAUAUUCUAAAGAACUUCAGACUGUGCUUUCAACCUACCUACGGCCGUUGCAGACCAGUGAGAAGUUGAGCUCAGCAAGCAUCUCGUAUCUAAUGGGAAACCUAGAGGAGAUCUGCUCCUUCCAGCAAAUGCUUGUGCAGUCUCUAGAAGAAUGCACCAAGUCUCCGGAGGCCCAGCAGCGAGUGGGAGGCUGCUUUCUGAACCUGAUGCCGCAGAUGAGGACCCUGUACCUCGCGUACUGUGCCAACCACCCGUCUGCCGUGAGCGUCCUCACUGAGCACAGUGAGGAGCUCGGAGAGUUCAUGGAGACGAAGGGAGCCAGCAGCCCUGGGAUCCUUGUGCUGACCACUGGCCUGAGCAAGCCAUUCAUGCGCCUGGACAAGUACCCCACGCUGCUCAAGGAGCUGGAAAGACACAUGGAGGAUUAUCAUCCAGAUAGACAAGAUAUUCAGAAGUCUAUGGCUGCCUUCAAAACCCUCUCAGUCCAGUGCCAAGAAGUCCGGAAAAGGAAAGAGCUUGAGUUGCAGAUCCUGACGGAAUCCAUCCGGAGCUGGGAGGGAGACGACAUCAAGACGCUGGGCAGCGUCGUUUACAUGUCGCAGGUCAUGAUGCAGUGUGCAGGGAGUGAGGAGAAGAACGAAAGGUACCUUCUGCUCUUCCCCAGUCUCCUGCUGAUGCUGUCUGCCAGCCCCAGGAUGAGCGGCUUCAUUUACCAGGGGAAGCUCCCAACAACAGGAAUGACAGUCACAAAGCUUGAGGACAGUGAAAGUCAUAGAAAUGCGUUUGAAAUAUCAGGAAGCAUGAUCGAGCGGAUCCUCGUGUCGUGCAGCAGUCAGCAGGACCUGCACGAGUGGGUGGAUCACCUGCAGAGGCAGACGAAGGUCACCUCCUCGAGCAACCCCACCGUCAAGCCCCACUCUGUGCCGUCUCACACUCUCCCCUCGCACCCCAUCACGCCGUCCAGCAAGCACGCAGACAGCAAGCCUGUGGCGCUGAUGCCCGCCUACCACACGCUGCCCCACCCCUCCCACCAUGGGACCCCGCAUACCACCAUCAGCUGGGGCCCUCUGGAGCCCCCGAAGACCCCCAAGCCCUGGAGUCUCAGCUGCCUGCGGCCUGCACCUCCCCUGCGGCCAUCAGCCGCACUCUGCUACAAGGAGGAUCUCAGUAAGAGCCCCAAGACCAUGAAGAAGCUGCUCCCGAAGCGCAAACCUGAGCGGAAGCCCUCAGAUGAAGAGUUUGCCUUGCGGAAGAGCACAGCGGCUUUGGAGGAGGAUGCCCAGAUCCUGAAAGUCAUUGAAGCUUACUGCACAAGCGCCAAGACGCGGCAGACGCUAAACUCAACAUGGCAAGGCACUGACCUGAUGCAUAAUCACGUCUUGGCUGACGACGACCAAUCAAGUCUAGACUCCUUGGGUCGUCGCAGUAGCCUUUCUCGCUUGGAGCCCUCAGACCCCUCGGAAGACCCUGAGUAUGACAGUAUAUGGACAGCCCAUAGUUACAGGAUGGGCUCAGCAUCUCGUUCGCGCAAAGAAUCUGCUCCUCAAGUGCUGCUUCCAGAAGAGGAGAAAAUCAUAGUAGAAGAGACCAAAAGCAACGGCCAGACCGUGAUCGAGGAGAAGAGCCUUGUGGACACGGUCUACGCGCUGAGGGACGAAGUCCAAGAGCUGAGACAGGAUAACAAAAAGAUGAAGAAGUCACUUGAGGAGGAGCAGCGGGCCCGCAAGGACUUGGAGAAGCUGGUGCGCAAGGUGCUGAAGAGCAUGAACGACCCUGCCUGGGAUGAGACCAACCUGUGAGGUGACCCUCGCUGCCUGGCGGGGCAGCCCGGGCAGGGCUUCCCGGUGACCGAGCAUCAUGAUGCCUACCCUGGGUGCAGACACCUGGCGCGUGCCUGCUGGGCCUCAGCAGCCCGGGUGGCCUCGCUGGUGACCAGCACAGUGGCAGGCCAGCCCCGACCGCACCUGAGACGUGCUCUGCACACCCUGCCUGUGAAUGCCCCUUUGCACGUAGGCCCACACUGUAUUCCUGGGCUCACCCCUGCUAGGAUCCCUUCCCACGAACCCACCCCUCGUUACGGCUGUGCCCACAACCCCAGUCUCCACGGUGCUCUGAGCGCCUUGCGCCACAUGGGCCGCGGUGUGGUCUUGAGAGUCCCCCAAAGAGCACCCUUCAGCCUGUCCUGCAGCCAGGCAAGGGCAGUGCCAGCUGAGGCCAGUCGCUGGGUCCAAGGACAGCAGCAGCCCCCUCCAGCUGCGGUGUCUGCUCCACCUCCCUCGGGUGCCGGUCCUGGUGUGUGCACAGCCGCGUUGGGGCGCCUCAAGGACCCUGAUGGCGCACUGUCCACCCUCCUCCAGAGAGAACUACACCUGUACAUAAAAUGUUAUUUAUUACACUGAAGCAGCCAGCAAGAAUGAGGCCGUUGGGAAUGGCGCCCGCAGAUGGGCUGUGCCCCUGCGGCUAGCCCAGGGAGGGCUGCUUGGCACUCCCAUUGGACCUCACCUUCUCAGCACAGAAAUAAAGCAAUACGUCCCUUGGGUAUGGCCAAGUCCCAGCUGCCUGGAUGUGGAACAUGGGCGUCCGUCCCCACGAGGCCGCCUCCCCGCCUCCUGGGCCCGGCUCUGGAGAGAGCCUGUGUCCUGAGGUCCAGCUGGAGGGCAGGACUUGGUUCUGCUUUGGAGUGAGUGACAGCAACCAUUAGAACAGAGCUGUUUUCUUCCUCUUCAUAGGGCGGCUCUGAAGUGGGGUCAGCGUCCUAGCAUGAGCAGCUGCUGCUGCAGGAGCAGAGCUGUGGCCUGUGCAGCCGGUGGCUUGAGCCGCAGGACAGCCUGCCUGGCACCGACCGGCGAGUGCAGCCCUUUGCACUCCGGUCUCCUGCGUUUGGAGGCCUCUGGCUUGGCGCCUUAGACAGAGUUGUUGUCUGGUUUUCCCUCUACACGCUGCUGCUGACAGCCCUACGCACUCGGGCCAGGUCUGCCGGCCCGUGUAGGCCUCUCACUAGCGUUGCCAGCCUCUACAGUCGGCAUUCUACUGCCUGUGCGGACGGGACGCGUAAAGACCAAGCCUCUUUCAUGAGCCUUGUUUCCAUAAGUGUUCUUGGUGACUCGGACACUGGUGGGAAGCAUAGGGGUGGAGUGGUUUGCCAUCAGAGCAGAUUCUAACUCAGGAACAACUCUCUCCAGCCCUUCCGUGGCUGGUGUGUGGCCACCGUGCCCCAGCACGAUGUCCUGUGGACCUGCCUUAAGGACUCACUCAAGUAUUUCGUGAGAACACUCGUCUCCGUACCAUCACUGCCACGGGUGGCCGCUGAGGGCGGAUGUGUUGCCUUCCCAGCCCCCACUUCCACCCCCACCGCCCCCCUCCUGAGGCUCCCUGGGGAGUCAAGCACCUGUCCACGAGUGGCUCUUACGCACCUGCCGCUGCACCCGGUUCCCUUUGCCACGUGACCUCUGCGGGCAGGAGCGUGACGCCUGGAAGGGCCUGCGGGGCUGAGCAGAAGCCGUCUGGCCCCGCAGCUCCAAAGCACUUUCCUUUCUGAAGACGCUGAGACGCAGCCUCUGGACCUCCAGGCCCUGGGCCGGCGCGGCUGCUGUCUGGACGCCAGGCCACCCGCCCCUGGAGUGUCUGGGUUGCAGCCACGGGCUGUGUUGGCUCCUCCAAAGCGUGUGCUAUGUCAGUGUAAUUAUAA